GACCACAAUAUCAUUCAACCACUCGGCUGCCACUAGGUUAUACGUGAGAUAGAUACGAGAGCAACCCCAUGUCGACAAGCAUGCAGUUUCUUGUGUUUCUGGUGACUCUCGCCUGCGGGGUCUGCUGCAUUGAAAAUCUGCCGUCUCAGCUUCUAUUGCAGCCGAAGGAAAAACGCGGCGUCGGCGACCACUCGGUGACUUUCCCGUCGGAAUCUUCCUCCACGUAUUCGGCUCCACUUCAUUCGAGCUCCAGUUAUGAUCUAGGUGGAUCAUCUGGUGGCUUCUCCCUGGGGCACGGCUUUCUCAACUCGGGCGGCUCCGCCGGUCACGGGAUCAGAUAUUCCUUAGUGCAUUCCGGUGGCCUUGGAUCUGGAUAUCAAUCGCCUGGACUCAGCCAUCAGAGUCCCUUGAAUCAUCAGAGUAUUUCCUCGGGUGGACACUCGGCUCAGAGCACCUACUCCGUGCCCAACUUAGCGAGUCCCCAUCUGGGAGGCGGCGGAAGUAGCAACGCACUUUUCACUCCAGCAGCGAAAACCGGUCCCGUUACCUUCGGUCCCGCCCACGGUGGCGGCGGCGGCGGCGGUAGCAGCAGCGGUGCCGCGAGCUCUUCCGGUUCUAGCUCGUACAGCGCGCCGAUCUACACUUCCGGCGGUCACGGUUCCGGACUCUCGGCCUACAGCAACGGAGGGACAUCUAGCCUCGGUCUUCAGAUCGUACUGGGAUCGCAGCACGGUCUGUCGUUGGGUUCCCCAGGCGCCUCGUCGAGCUACAAUCUUCCCAUCCACUCUGCAUCCUCGAGUCCCUCGCAUUCCGUGACGGGUGGUCUGAUCAUCGCCGGUUCGCACGGCAGUUCCUCCGGCUACAGCCUGCCAGCGUCCUCCGCAUCCUCUCACGGCGUCUCCACCCUCGGUGGCUCUUCGGGUGCUUAUCGAGGAUCAUCCACGUACAGUCUUCCGAUUAGCUCUCACGGAUCUCACGGAAUCUCCUCUGGUGCCGCGUCGUCCAGUUAUCCCGUUUCCACAGGAUCCUCCAGCAGUCAUUCCGGAUUCUCGGGCGUGUCGUCCGGUGGAGGUUCCAGCUAUAACGAGCUACCGAUCGCUUCGGGAUCUUACUCAAACUCCGGACCAUCCAACGCCAUCACGUACACUUCGGGCUCUUACUCGAACCCCGGACCAUCCAACGCUAUCUCGUACACGAAUUACGUGCCGUCCCACUCGUCCCAUUCUGGCAGCAGCUCCAGCUACUCCAGCCCCAGCGUCUCCUACGUGAGCCCCAGCCACGUGGGCUCCUCCGCUUCCGGUUACGUCAACGACGGUGCUAGCUACACCGUCAGCUCGAACUACGCGGCUUCCGCUUCCAGCCCGCCCGCCGUGACUUACACCGGAAGCAACACCUACACGCCCAUGUAUUACAGCUCGUCCCAGGGGACACCCGCGGAUUCGCAAGGAGCUUACGCCAGCGUAAGUCCGAGAUAUUUCGGAUUCGUUCCGAAAUUUUACAACGUAGACUCGGGUGGCGCGGGCUAUGACACGAUCUCGUACUCGGUUCCAAACGGAAAGUAUUAAUUUAUGUUUUAUAAAUCUUUCUACGUUCCGUCACAUCGCCAGGAUUCGAUAGCAGCUUAGGAUUAUAAUUACAAGAUCUGCGUUUAGAUCUUCUGACGAAAGCGACUCAAAUGACGGUGAUUAUCCGUCGUAAAUUUGAGAUCGUCUAAUCAUCUAAUCAUAUGCUGACUCGAUCUUGCCAUGAAGAGAUAGAAGUAAUAUUUCCGAAGUAAGAGACUACGUAUGUUGUUGAGAGAAAUAUUUAUAUUUCUUAAAAAUAUAGAUAAAUAUUUAUAUUUAAAUUUUCUACUGUACGAUCGAUCUAGAGAGAGAAAUCUGUACUGUAAUCACAAAUACCUGUUAUCUAUAUUUAUAUCAUCGACAUAUUGUAGCAUAUCCCUUCCUGUUUUCCUCGUAUCACUGAUAAUUGUGAUUUUUGUUACAUAGUUUUAUAUAUUAUUUUGUAAUAAAUGAGUUGAUUUUCCAACGCACACCAGAAAA